AUGGCCGCUCCAGCUGCUUUUGGCGAUAUCGCCAAGACUGUCAAUGAUCUCCUGAACAAGGAUUUCUAUCACACCAGCGCCGCCAGCCUUGAGGUCAAGUCAAAGGCCCCCAAUGGUGUCACUUUCAACGUGAAGGGCAAAUCCGCUCAUGAGGGUCCAAUCUCCGGAUCGCUCGAAGCCAAAUAUGUUGAUGCGCCAACUGGAUUGACGCUUACCCAAACAUGGACCACUGGCAACGCUCUCGACACCAAGCUCGAGUUGGACAACAACAUUGCCAAGGGUCUUAAGGCUGAGGUCCUCACACAAUACCUCCCAUACUCGAGCUCCAAAGGUGCCAAGUUGAACCUUCACUUCAAGCAGCCCAACUUGCACGCUCGUGCUUUCUUCGAUCUUCUCAAGGGCCCAACUGCCAACUUUGAUGCUGUCCUCGGACAUGAGGGCUUCUUGGUCGGUGCCGAGGGUGGCUAUGAUGUCCAAAAGGCUGCUAUCACCAAGUACUCUGCUGCCGUCGCCUACUCCCUCCCUGAGUACUCUGCCGCUAUCACCGCCACCAACAACCUCACUCUUUUCGCUGCCAGCUACUAUCACCGCGUAAAUGCUCAGGUUGAAGCCGGUGCCAAGGCCACUUGGGACUCCAAGGCAGGAAACACUGUUGGCCUUGAGGUCGCCAGCAAAUACAGACUUGACCCCUCUUCCUUCGCCAAGGCCAAGAUCAACGACCGUGGUAUCGCCGCCCUGGCAUACAACGUUCUCCUCCGACCAGGUGUCACCCUUGGUCUCGGUGCUUCUUUCGAUACCCAGAACUUGAACCAGGCUGCCCACAAAGUUGGUGCCAGUUUCACUUUUGAAGGUUAA